AUGGAGCUUCUAGGUUCUACCUUAACGGCAACUUAUGCCCACCCCAGACCAACACCAACUAGCUUCCUACCAGCCAUCAGUACCAUGGCUUCAAGCUACAGGGAUCGCUUCCCCCACUACAAUUUGACCCAUAGCCUGAGCCUGCCUUGGAGACCAAGCACAUACUACAAAGCAGCGUCCAACUGGCCUACCUUGGAUCCAUACUGCACCAGAUCUCAGAGGGUGUCUGAGAGCACCAUGCUACCUUUUGUCUCCAACAGAACCACCCUCUUCACCAGGUAUACACCUGACGAUUGGUACAGGUCCAACCUAACCAACUUUCAAGAGUCCAGCACUUCCCGACACAAUUCAGAGAGACGAAGGGUGGACACAUCUCGCUUGAUUCAAGACAAAUACCAGCAAACGAGAAAAACCCAGGCAGACUCCACCCAAAACUUGGGAGAACGAGUCAACGACAUAGGGUUUUGGAAAUCUGAAAUCAUUCAUGAGUUGGAUGCAAUGAUUGGAGAGACAAAUGAACUAACUGACAUUAAGAAAAGGUUGGAGAGGGCUUUGAUGGAGACAGAAGCCCCUCUUCAGGUAGCCCGAGAAUGUCUAUUUCAUCGAGAGAAGAGAAUGGGAAUUGAUCUAGUUCAUGAUGAAGUGGAAAAAGAGCUGCUGACGGAAGUUGAUAUUAUUCUGUGUUGUCAAGAAAGGAUGAAGCUGUAUUUGGACAAGGCCAUUGCCCACCUGGCAGCCAACAGAGCCACCCAGCACGAGCUGGAGAAGGACCUGAGUGACAAGCAGUCGGCUUACAGGAUCGACGAUAAAUGCCACCAUCUGCGAAACACGUCAGAUGGCGUCAGCUACUUCCGUGGAGUGGAGAGGGUGGAUGCCACGGUCUCAGUGCCCGAGUCCUGGGCCAAAUUUACCGAUGACAACAUUCUUCGCUCCCAGAGUGAGCGAGCCGCCUCUGCGAAACUGAGAGACGAUAUCCAAAACCUCCUGGUGGUGACAGCCAACGAGAUGUGGAAUCAGUUCAACAAGGUGAACUUGGCUUUCACCAACCGCAUUGCUGAAACCGCGGAUGCUAAAAAUAAGAUUCAGACUCACCUGGCAAAGACCCUGCAGGAGAUUUUCCAGACAGAGAUGACUAUCGAAUCCAUUAAGAAGGCCAUCGUGGAGAAGUCUGCCUUCCUGAAGGUGGCUCAGACCCGUCUGGAUGAGCGGACCAGGAGACCCAACAUAGAACUGUGCAGAGACAUGGCUCAGCUGCGGCUGGUGAACGAGGUGUACGAGGUGGACGACACCAUCCAGACCCUGCAGCAGCGCCUGAGGGACGCGGAGGACACACUGCAGUCGCUGGCCCACACCAAGGCCACGCUGGAGCAUGAUCUGGCGCUCAAGGCCAACUCUCUAUACAUCGACCAGGACAAGUGCAUGAGCAUGCGCAGAAGCUUCCCCAGCACCCUGCGCCUGGUGGGCUUCUGCUAG